AUGAUUGAAAUGACUGCAGAUGGAAAACCUCCAGUACAGAAGAAAGACACAGAGAUUGCCCAUGCCUCUCAGGUAUAUUUUGAAUCAAUGUUCCUUGGUCAUAUUCCUGAAAAUGUUCAAAUUCAUAAGAAAGCAGGUCCUGUUUAUGGAUUCAGGGGCUGCAUUCUAGACCUUCAAGUAAACAACAAAGAAUUCUUUAUCAUCGAUGAAGCACGACGUGGAAAGAAUAUCGAGAACUGCCAUGUCCCUUGGUGUGCUCAUCAUCUGUGCCGCAACAAUGGCACCUGCCUCAGUGGUAGUGAAAAUCUGUUUUGUGAGUGUCCAAGGCUGUAUUCAGGCAAGCUGUGCCAGUUUGCAAGUUGUGAAAACAACCCAUGUGGAAAUGGUGCCACCUGUGUUCCAAAAUCCGGAACAGAUAUUAUCUGCCUCUGCCCAUAUGGGAGGUCUGGACCCCUCUGCACUGAUGCUAUUAAUAUCACUCAGCCGAGGUUCAGUGGCACGGAUGCCUUUGGAUACACCUCAUUCCUGGCUUAUUCACGGAUCUCAGACAUCAGCUUCCAUUAUGAAUUCCACCUGAAGUUUCAGCUGGCAAACAAUCACUCAGCACUGCAAAAUAACUUGAUAUUUUUUACUGGACAGAAAGGCCAUGGGUUGAAUGGCGAUGACUUCCUGGCUGUGGGCCUGCUCAAUGGCAGUGUGGUUUAUAGUUAUAACCUGGGGUCUGGCAUAGCAAGCAUCAGGAGUGAUCCCCUCAAUCUGAGCCUUGGAGUCCACACUGUUCAUCUGGGGAAGUUCUUCCAAGAGGGCUGGCUGAAGGUAGAUGAUCAUAAAAAUAAAUCCAUUAUCGCCCCAGGAAGACUGGUUGGUCUCAAUGUCUUCAGUCAGUUUUAUGUAGGUGGCUACAGUGAAUAUACUCCAGAUCUCUUACCAAAUGGAGCAGAUUUUAAAAAUGGUUUUCAAGGUUGUAUUUUCACUCUUCAAGUUCGCACUGAGAAGGAUGGCCAUUUCAGAGGACUGGGAAAUCCCGAAGGCCACCCAAAUGCUGGACGCAGUGUUGGCCAGUGUCAUGCUUCUCCCUGCAGUUUAAUGAAAUGUGGCAACGGUGGGACAUGCAUAGAGAGUGGAACUAGUGUUUACUGCAACUGUACCACUAGGUGGAAAGGAGCAUUCUGCACAGAGACAGUUUCCAUCUGUGAUCCUGAACAUGACCCUCCACACCACUGUAGCAGAGGAGCAACCUGCAUUUCAUUACCUCAUGGAUACACCUGUUUCUGUCCUCUAGGAACCACUGGAAUCUACUGUGAACAAGGUCAUCAAUUUGUUGGAAAAGAUGUUUUCGAAUAA